AUGGCGACCAACACGCGCACCGCCUUUCCCCAGGACAUGGAGGAGACCUUCAGCGACGUCUUCAUGGUAGAACGAACAGACGUCAACGUGGCUGACAGGGCCAGAAUGGCGAGGAUAAUCGAAAGCAUCAUUGUUCCGGGUUACAAGGAUCCCAGGCAAGCCGCUCGAGACAUCAAGGAGGCUCUGGACGAUGACUUCGACCGAAACUGGCACGUUAUCGUUGGCACAGACUUUGCAUGCUACAUGAGCUUUUCCCCUGGCUUCUAUAUGCGCGCCAGCUAUCGUGACUUAGUCAUCCAAGUAUUCCGUCUGGCCUGA